CGGUAUCCGGAUAGCACACACCAGCAGUAUGGCACCACGACGCAUGCUCGGGCGCUUGGCCCGGGCCAUGGCAGGCGCAUCGGCUAUCCCUGGAAAAUGGACGGUGACGCGGCCGAUGGACGUACCCCAUCGUACUGGCAGCGUCGUCGUCGCCGGCCUUCUCAUUGGCGCAGGCCUCACCGCCGUGGGCGCGGCCAAGGUGUACUCAACGGCGCUACCCCACGGCGAUUUGGACAGCGCAAUUCCAUGCGAAGAGGUGCCAAAAGACAACGAGCCGAUGGAUCUCGACCGCCUGCUUGCGGUGCUGGAUGCCCUCGCCGCGGCCUACGAGGCGACCGAGGCGUGCGUUACCGCAUGGGAGCACGAGCUGCGCGAUGAGAACGCAUUGACGGAAGCGCAGCUACUCGAGGCGAUCACGACCCGAUACGCACUCGCCCGCGACGAGGCCAAGGCCACCGUGUUUGCUUCGUUCGCGUGCGCGGCGAGCGAGGUGGAUCGCGCCAUCGCCGCCUUUGGCGCCGACAGCAACGUCAUGGCAUGUCUGAACCGUCUCCGCGCUACGAGCUAUGCAGCCGUGGACGUGCCACCGACGCUGACGAAAGAACAAGUGCUGCUGCUCGUCGCCGAGACCCUCGAUACGAUCGCCGCAGCGAUUGAAGAAGCAACAAACGACGCAAAGAAGCUCGGCAAAGCCGACUCGGCGGACGACAAGCGCGCGUGGACAAAGGCGAUCCAUGCGCGUGCCAACCACAAGGCAGCGAAACACCUUGGCGACGGCGCUCUCUUGUUGGCCGCACUUCGCGCGUACAGCGUCGAUGCGGCCUUUGUGCAGCAGCUCCAGACGCUCCAGGCUGCCCACCGCGCAAGGCUGGCUGCACUAUAAAGUCUCGGGAAAUAUUAUAUCUGGGAGGUUUGCGAUCGAAGUUGGUUGGCUGGAACGUUCCGGCGCCUCGUAUGCGUUCUCAAAGGGUCCGGAUAGCGUUGUGGACCAUCAGUCGUAUCGAUUCUCGCAGGUUCUCACACACAUACAGUGUCUUAGUCAAUACGAAAGUGAUAUCUGCGAUCUUUGCGAUCGUCCUGCAGUCGACGACGACGAGCCGCUGAGAGUGAGCAACGAAGGACGAACGAGCUCUCCGGGUCUAUGACAGCAUUGCUGGCCACACGGAGACCCCAUGGUCGCAUGGUCGUAGGUGGCUAGCGCGCCAGUGCGGCAAAUGCUGGUGCUGGACCUUCCGCCCUUCUGCGG